AUGCCUACGGAUGGGCUGCUAGAGAUUCCUCAGGAGUUCUCUCCCCCCUUUAACUUCAGUAGGAGGCAUGAGAUUGUGGGUCAAGUGACAAGCAUUGGGCAUAAUGUCACAAAAUUUAGAGUUGGAGAUAUAGCCGGAGUAGGGUGCAUAAUAGGUUCGUGUGGCCCAUGCGAUAACUGUAAACAAGACUUAGAAAAUUACUGCCCCAAAAUGUUAUGGACCUUCAAUGGACAUCAUGAAGAUGGGACAAGAGCCUUUGGUGGGUAUUCAGAUAACAUGGUUGUCGAAGAGCGCUAUGCAAUCCUAAUCCCAAAUGGUUUUGCAUUAGCUGGUACUGCCCCAUUGUUGUGUGCCGGGAUCACCGCAUAUAGCCCCCUGAAAUAUUUUGGACUCUCAAAGCUUGACAGACACUUGGGCGUGGCCGAGUUUGGUGGCGUUGGUCACAUGGCUGUGAAGUUUGCCAAAGCUUUUGGAGCGAAGGUCACUGUGAUAAGUUCCUCUCCAAGUAAGAAGAAAGAAGCAGUGGAAAGGCUUGGUGCUGAUUCUUUUUUGGUCAGUCAUAAUUAG